UACCGAAGAUUGUCGUGCUCCGAUCCCAAGAGUGGAAGGACUUUGACCGCAAAAGAAUUCGUCGUCAACGAAGACGCAUCGCUAACGUCGAUUGGGCGGCGGACAUUCCUUGCGAGGAACCGAAGGGGAAGAAAAGACUAAAACUUCCGAUCAUGGGAACUCCUUCUAGAGUGUAUCCAGACUACAGCGAGAUCUUGGCUGCUCAACUGAGGGACGCAAACUUCGGCCCUUCAGCGAACAUGGAUGGGACAGGCAGCGCAGUUGCGGAUACAUCGAUCGAUCGGGCGCCAGCGCCGGUGAUCGUUACAGUUGAUUCUGGCGUCGAGGGACCCGUUGACGUUCGUCUGCCGAAGAAAAAGAGAAAGAGGACUAAGUCUUCCAAAGAGGUGACGGCUGACCCUCCUUUGGAUGGAGAUGAAACUGAGGCUGCUCAAACGCAACUCGAACCAAUGGGUGGUGACGAGGUGGAAGAAGGUGAUGAAGUUGCUCCCAUAGAGGGUUUUACGGGUCCGCCCGGAGAUGAGUCGUCGGGAGGGGAGGCCCGGGAGCCUGGUGAGGUGACUCGUCCGAUCGACGGUGGGAUGCAGACAACUCUAUCUGUUUCUGAGUUUGCGUUUGCAGACAAAUUUGCUGAAUCACUUCGUGCGGAUGCGGAGGCUGCUGCUCGGAAGAAUGCUCUCGUGAUGGAAUACGAAAAAGCUUUGCAGAAGUUGACAUUGGAUCUUAAGGAAGCGGAAGGGACGAUCAAGAUAAAAGAGGCUGGGCUUGAAGCGGCUAGAAAGGAGAAGCACGAUAGGGAUAAGAAGCUGGCCGCUGAGCGAGGUCGCUAUUCCCGCGAGCGUCGGCAAGCGAUCCAGACGGCCGCGGAUCUUGAGGAGGAGUUAGAGACCGCCCGAGACAUAAUUUCUCGGCUAGAGGCGGAGAAGGUCGAGGAACUUGAGAAGACGAAGAGAGCGAUGGAUCGCACGAGACAAUCUCGCAAUCGCGAGCUUUUAUCCGAGAGAAGUUGCGUGGUUGCUGCGGCUAAUAGGCGUUUCGACAAAUUUCGGAAGUAUAUUGCCGAUCGAGAUGAAAAGGAGGAGAAGCGUCUACUCCAUGGUACAGCUCUUGGAACCUUGGACGCGUUGAGUUUAUUGGAGACCAAGGGACUGUCUGUCCCGCAACAACUAAAAGAUCUUUUGACUGCUAACGAGGAGAAGUUCAGGAAAGAGGUAGAAAACGUUAGUGUUGAAGUUAUCGCGGAGCGCGAUCUUGCUCUCUCACCUCCUCGUAGGGACUUGCUUCCUUAUGGGAACCAGUUUGGAUCAACCUUCGGCACCGUUGAUUCUGAUUCUGCGAUGGCUCUUCGAUCUCCUUUCCUUUGUGGUGAGAGUUCGACCGCUGCUCUGGAUCCGGCCGUUUCCUGUCGAUCGGCGGCCGUCACGUCCGAUGGUCGUGCGGUUACUCAGGACAGUCUCGGGGUUCCUGUGCCUGCGAGGGUCGUGGAAGCAGGAAGUGUUGUUUCGUCGGAAGUAGCAAUUGAAGAAUAGUCUUCAAGGGUUGAUCGUGCUACCCUGUUGUUGUUUUACUACUUAUGUUUUUUUUUUAUUUAACACCUUUUGUUAUGGCCUCCGAACUCUGUUCCUUUUGGUCGGCCGCUUGCUGUUGCAUUUGGUUUGAAACCGUUGUUGUAUCUUUUGGAUCUUCUUUAUUCUCCUAGUUUCAGACGCUCUCCCUUUAAGUUCUAUGUAAUAUGUUAUCUCAGCUUCUUGUGAUGGAGGUCCGAAAUGGUUCGUGCCAAGGUCAUGUGUGCAUCUUUUUGACAAAGAGCAGAUUAGCCUUUGGAGCAAGGCUGCUAGAGAAGCGACCACGACUAGUUGCGAGCAAUGUGCGAACUUAUCUUAGGAUCGAAAAGAACUUUGGCGCAAUGAGCCCGUUGAUCUUUGAACUUAAGCUCGAGCUUCUUGGUGGUCGUCGUGUAUGUAUGAUCUCAGGCUUCUUUGGCCGUCGAGCAAAUGACGGGGUUUUAAACCCGCGAGAAGCUUCCGUUGAUGGAGCUGUGAGAAGCUUUCGUUCGCGCCAUGUCUUUGGCGAGUACUCCAAUUAGGCGACUUUGGCCUCAAAAGUGGAGGACCGAGAAGCUCCUGUUGAUGGGGCUUUAUCACGGAUUUGCCAUUGAUGCUGAUGGUGAGUCCGGGCCGUGCGAUGUGUAGUUAUCCGAGUCGAUCGGAGGUGACAUACAAGCGUUCGCGCGGUGCCUUUGGUGAGGACUCCAACCUUUGUAUUUGUUUUUUUUUUGUUUGGAGUAUGGCUGGACCUGAUGACAGGCUGCCUACGUACCCCUGGUAAAGGGAUCAAGCCAAUCGUAGUUCGAUUUGCCCGAACGGCGUCUUGGUCAUUCACCCUAAGUUAAGGCAAAAGUGAUGAAGACGUGCUCAUUCGGUGUUUGGACAGAAGUGACGUGGUGUCAUCUGUCUGGAGCUGGGCAAAAGUGACGUAUUGUCAUUCGCUCGG